UACUCUGUUUAUUGUAGAUGAUAACAUACUGCAUGGACCAGUUUUUAUCCAGGAACCAAGCAGCGUGAUUUUUGCACUUGACUCUGAGGAAAAAAAAGUUAAACUGAACUGCGAAGUAAAAGGAAAUCCUAAGCCAACCAUAAGGUGGAAGUUAAAUGGAACCAUUGUUGACAUUGGUAUGGAUUACCGCUACAGUGUGGUUGAAGGCAGCUUGUUGAUCAAUAAUCCCAAUAAAACUCAAGAUGCUGGAACAUACCAGUGCAUAGCAACAAAUUCAUUUGGAACAAUUGUUAGCCAAGAAACUAAACUGCAAUUUGCUUAUCUUGAAAAUUUCAAAACCAGGACAAGGAGUACAGUUUCAGUCCGACAAGGACAGGGAAUGGUGUUGCUUUGUGGGCCACCACCACAUUCCGGAGAAUUGAUCUAUGCCUGGAUUUUCAAUGAAUAUCCAACUUUUGUGCACCAGGAUAAUCGCCGCUUUGUUUCCCAAGAGACUGGGAACUUAUACAUAGCUAAAGUAGAGAAAUCGGAUGUGGGAAAUUAUACGUGUGUCGUGACAAACAGAGUCACAAAUACCAGAGUGCGAGGGCCUCCUACGCCUUUAAUCCUGAGAAAUGAUGGAGUGAUGGGUGAAUAUGAGCCAAAAAUCGAAGUGCAAUUUCCAGAAACGGUUCCAUCUGCCAAAGGAACAACUGUGAGGCUGGAGUGUUUUGCACUGGGAAACCCAGUUCCUACAAUCAGCUGGAGAAGAACAGAUGGAAAGCAAAUCCCCAAAAAAGCUCGGAGACACAAAUCAAGCAGCAUUCUCGAAAUCCCCAACUUUCAGCAGGAAGAUGCUGGCAUGUACGAAUGCGUAGCUGAAAAUGUGAGAGGAAAGAACGUGGCCAGAGGCCAGCUAACAUUUUAUGCUCCUCCCAACUGGAAUCAGAAAAUAAGUGAUAUUCAGGUGGCUAUAGAAGAAAGUAUCUAUUGGGAAUGUAAGGCAAAUGGCAGACCGAAGCCUUCUUAUAGCUGGCUGAAGGAUGGUGAACUUCUUCUCCCUCAGGAAAGACUUCAGAUAGAACAUGGAACACUUACCAUUCCCAGCGUGAAUCUCUCCGACACUGGCAUGUAUCAAUGUGUGGCAGAAAAUAGAUAUGGAGUCAUCUAUGUCAGCGCAGAACUGAGCGUAAUUGCUGUCGGUCCAGAUUUCUCCAAAAACUUCUUAAAAAAAAUAACUUUUGUUAAAGUUGGUAGUGAUGCAACCAUUGAAUGUAAGCCUAAAGCUUCUCCAAGGCCAACUUUUACUUGGAAGAAAGGAAAAGAGAUCAUAAAGGAAAGUGAGAGACAUACUAUUUUGGAAGAUGGAACUCUAAAAAUUGCCAAUGUUACCAAAGCAGAUGCUGGGAGUUAUACAUGUAUAGCAACAAAUCAUUUUGGCAUAGCCAGCAGCACUGGGAACCUGAUAGUAAAAGAUCCAACACGAUUUGUGGUGGCACCUACCAGCAUGGAUGUCACUGCUGGUGAAAGUAUUCUUCUGCCUUGCCAAGUAUCUCAUGAUCAUCCACUAGACAUUGUCUUUACUUGGUCAUUUAAUGGACAUCUCAUAGACUUUGAAAAAGAUGGAGAUCACUUUGAAAGAGUUGGAGGGGAUUCAGCUGGUGAUUUGAUGAUCAGAAGCAUCCAGCUGAAUCAUGCUGGAAAAUACGUCUGCAUGGUGCAAACAAGCGUGGACAAACUAUCAGCUGCUGCAGACCUGAUUGUAAGAGGUCCCCCAGGUCCUCCUGAAGCUGUGACAAUUGAUGAGAUAACAGACACUACAGCUCAGGUUUCUUGGAGACCAGGAGCAGAUAAUCGCAGUCCCAUUACAACGUAUGUUAUUCAAGCAAGGACCCCAUUUUCUGUUGGAUGGCAAGGAGUAAAUACAGUGCCUGAUGUCAUUGAUGGAAAUACAUUUACAGCAACGGUGGUAGGCUUAAACCCAUGGGUUGAAUAUGAAUUCCGAAUAGUAGCUGCCAGCCUUAUUGGAAUUGGGGAGCCAAGCAAACCAUCAGAGAAACGAAGAACUGAAGAGGCCCUUCCUGAAAUCACUCCAGCCAAUGUCAGUGGAGGUGGUGGUACUAAAUCUGAAUUGGUUAUAACAUGGGAGACAGUGCCAGAAGAGUUACAGAAUGGAGGAGGCUUUGGCUAUGUUGUUGCCUUCCGUCCAGUUGGUACAAUAAGCUGGAUGCAGACUGUAGUGGUUUCACCAGAUGCCUCCAAAUAUGUGUUUCGGAAUGAGAGUUUACCUCCAUUUUCACCAUACGAAGUUAAAGUUGGAGUGUACAACAACAAAGGAGAAGGUCCUUUCAGCUCUAUCACAGUUGUUUAUUCGGCCGAUGAAGAACCCACCAAAGCUCCCACCAAUGUCUUUGCCAAAAGCCUUUCUGCUUCAGAUAUAGAAGUCUUUUGGUCUUUGCUGCCAGAGACCCAGAGCAAAGGAAGAAUACAGGGCUAUGAGGUUAGAUAUUGGAAACAUGGAGAUAAAGAAGAGCAGGCUGGAAGAAUGAAAACUAUGACCAAUCAGACUUUUGCAAAAAUCAGCAACUUGAAGAGCAGUGCUUUAUACCAUUUGGCUGUCAAAGCUUACAACACAGCAGGGAUGGGACCAUCCAGCGCGGUAGUCAAUGUGACAACCAAAAAGCCACCUCCAAGUCAGCCUCCUGGAAACAUUAUAUGGAAUUCAUCAGACUCUAAGAUUAUACUGAACUGGGAUCAAGUUAAAGCACAGAAUAAUGAAUCUGAAGUGAAAGGAUACAAAGUGUUCUAUAGAUGGAAUAGACAAAAGAGUAUGUCUAUUAUAGAAACAAACAAAACAUCUGUGGAGCUUUCAUUGCCCUUUGAUGAAGAUUAUAUCAUAGAAAUAAAGCCAAUCAGUGAUGGAGGGGAUGGCAACAGCAGUGAACAGAUUCGAAUUCCAAAGAUAACAAAUGCAUAUGCGAGAGGGUCAGGAGCUUCAACUUCAAAUGCUUGUACAUUGUCAGCCAUCAGCACAAUAAUGAUUUCCCUCACAGCGAGAUCAAGUUUAUGACAAAAAAUACUGAAAGGACUUCCUGUUUAUAAUAUAACUAAGCAACAUUUAGCUAGUUGUUUUGAAGCCACCCAGUACUAAGUAAUAUUGUUGUUCAAGUACAUCUUACUACUGGAAAAAAAUGUUUUAUGCUUCUCUAGGAAUGGCAUUAUACAGUACUUCCUCAAAGCAAAUAUAUCUUUGUCUGAAGUUUCCUUGGAAAC